AUGGAUGCAUGUUUGUUGGGCGCACUAGAAGAAGCUCCUACUUUUGAAGUCUGGAUGACCCUGCCAAAAUGGGCAGCACAGGUUUUGAAACAUAUUGCACCAGAAAUCUCCUACAGAAGCUUGGUUGCACUUGCAAUCACUUGGGUAAAUGGUACACCAGUGUCCUCAUUUGAUAGGCAGGAUGCUGACCAACUUCUUUUCUUUUGCUCUAACCAAUGCAGAGAUCAAGCUAUUCAAAAUGUCUCGUAUGCCCAUGUAUCAAGCUGGUCAGCAUCCCUUACUAAGGAUAGAACCACUGGAAGUAUCGACUCAAAACAGAUGUCAUUUGGUGCAAAAGGAGUUGGAGGGGAUAAUGAGAUGUCCCCAUCAUUGAAACCAAGGUUAAAGCCUGCAACAAUGAGACCCCUUCCCCACUCUCGCAAGCAACAAAUGCAUCCCUUUAUGGGGUUUCCUCAGUCCAUCAUUCAUGAUGCUAGUCAAGUUAAGCCUAGCUUGCCAGCCCCUCAUGUAAAGGACAAUGCAGUACCUGUUAUCGCAGUGACUCAAAGAAAAUCAUCAUCCAGGUCACCAUCAUCCUGGUCAUGUGUUCAGCCAUCAAUCCCAUUGAAUCCUCUGCCAAUGAAGAAGCAUGGGUGCAAUCAGUUGCCUAUCCACAUUCGCUAUGAAGAAGACUUCUUGAAAGAUGUCAUGCAGUUUCUACUUCACAGGGGCCAAAUCUGA